AUGAAGGACUGCGAGUACCAGCAGAUCAGCCCCGGGGCCGCCCCGCCGCCCGCCUCCCCCGGGGCGCGCCGCCCCGGCCCCGCCGCGCCCCUCGCCGCGGGCCCCGGGCCCGCGCCCGUCGCCCCCGCCGCGCCGCGCUGGAGCGGCAGCGGCAGCGGCAGCCUCGGCCGCCGCCCGCGGCGCAAGUGGGAGGUGUUCCCGGGCCGCAACCGCUUCUACUGCGGCGGCCGCCUCAUGCUGGCCGGCCACGGCGGCGUCUUCGCGCUCACGCUGCUGCUCAUCCUCACCACCACCGUCCUCUUCUUCGUCUUCGACUGUCCCUUCCUGGCCUGUGAGCUGACUCUCGCCAUCCCCAUCAUCGCCGCCAUCCUCUUCUUCUUCGUCAUGAGCUGCCUGCUGCAGACGAGUUUCACCGACCCCGGCAUCCUGCCCCGGGCCACCGUCUGUGAAGCGGCUGCCCUGGAGAAGCAGAUCGACAACACCGGCAGCUCCACGUACCGGCCACCCCCUCGGACACGGGAGGUGAUGAUCAACGGGCAGAUGGUGAAGCUGAAGUACUGCUUCACCUGCAAGAUGUUCCGGCCACCCCGGACCUCCCACUGCAGCGUCUGUGACAACUGCGUGGAACGGUUUGACCACCACUGCCCCUGGGUGGGCAACUGCGUGGGGAGACGGAACUACCGCUUCUUCUACGCGUUCAUUCUCUCCCUCUCCUUCCUGACGGCCUUCAUCUUCGCCUGCGUGGUCACCCACCUGACGAUGCGCUCUCAGAGAAGCAACUUCCUCUCCACUCUGAAGGCGACACCGGCGAGUGUGCUGGAGUUGGUGAUCUGCUUCUUCUCCAUCUGGUCCAUCCUGGGCCUCUCAGGGUUUCACACGUACCUCGUCGCCUCCAACCUGACGACCAACGAAGACAUCAAAGGCUCGUGGUCCAGCAAGAGGGGCGGUGAGGCCUCUGUCAACCCCUACAGCCAUAAAAGUAUUAUCACCAACUGCUGUGCUGUGCUCUGCGGCCCCCUACCUCCCAGCCUGAUUGACCGGAGGGGAUUUGUGCAGCCUGACACCGUGUUGCCCUCACCCAUCAGAAGCGACGAGCCAGCCUGUGGAGCCAAGCCUGAUGCCCGCAUGGUAGGAGGCCACCCCUGAGAGGGGCUCAGUAUUGCCACCUGCUGGCCUGUCCACCCCUCUGCACUCACCCGCGCCCUCCACACCUGCCGGGACCCUCCCCAUCCCAGCCGAGGGGAGCAGAGCUGCCAAAGACUCAAGUCUUUUCGUAUUUAUUUCCCACUCUGCGUGGCUUUCCUCACACUGCCGUGGCUGUGCCCUCUGCUCCCUAAGCCCAGGGCUCGAGGUCCCCUGAGCUGCUCCGUGGCAGGAAUGACAGGAGAGGCCACCAAGGGGACCACGCCAAGUGUCUGCUCGUACCAGGGCGAGCCCUGUGUGAGUGAGGGUGUGAGCUGAGCGUGAGGCCUCCCAGUGGGGGGCACUGUCUGGGCCACGCUGCGCCAGGCUCUCAGGGUGCUGCAGGACUGCAGGCAGUCAGCUCUGGGCGGCCGUGGACAGGAAGGCCCCGGGCGCUGCUGUGGUUGGGGGCCCCUGCACUCUCUUGGGGGUUAUAAUUGUUUCCUCUGAUGGGUUUUUUGUUUUUGUUUUUCUCUGUUUGGAGCUGGUCGGUAGGAUAGGGCAGGGUUGGGGGAGGCUGGGAGGCAGCCCAGCCAGGCAGCCAGAGCUUCAGCCCCUGUAGGGGCUCUCCCAUCUGUGGGGACUCACUAAGGGGUCCCAGCCCCACCCAAGCCAGGGCUGGGGCUGAGCAGAUUAUAUUCCUGCUGGCGAUACUUGAAGCGGGUUUACUAAUGCCGGGUAUUUUGCACAAUUUUAUAGACCUUUUUUCUACAUAGCAUUUUUUAAAAGGGAGAAAAAAGUCAGCUUACGUUGCUAUCUCCAGUGCCAGGCGAAGGCUUGUCAGGGGGCUGGUUGGUUGUCAUAACUUAUUAUAGAAGACCUUCUGACUGUGAGAGAGGGAGCGUGAGUGAGUGAGUGUGUGUGUGUGUGUGUGUUCACGUGUGCCCUUAUACGAAUGUGGCUCCCAUAUUCCCUGGGCUGCCCCUCGCCCAUCUCCAGGUUGUCCUGAGCAGCCUGAGCCAAUGGGGACAGGGAACAAAUAUACUGGUCGUAAGAGACCCCUGGGCUCUCCAGGGGCUCAGCCCCCAUCCUCUUACCUUUCCUUUCUCCAAGGACUUCAGACAACCAGUGACUGGGGACUUGGCUGCCCCCUACCCGCGCCCCAAGUUAGGCUUCCAGUUGGCAUCUGCCCAGACAGGCCAAGGCCACAGGGGCAGGGGGUGAUGGCUGUGCGGCGUGGCUGCUGUCCUCUAAGCCACACGCCCUCCUCAGAGCGCUGAGUCUUGGACCCAGUGCCACCUGGGAGCCUCCACUAGGAGAAGAGGAGCGGAGGAGCAGGGUGGGCCUAGAGGCACCUGGAGGUGGCCCAGGUCUGCACCAGAAAGCAGGGUGUCCCUGUGGUGGGAGCUGCAGUUUCCCGUCAAUAGGCAGAGAAUUGUCCCUCUGGCCUCUCCCAUAGCCCUCCAGGUGGCUGAGGCCUUGGAGAGGGACAUAGGAAGUCGCUGGGUCUUGUCCUUCUGGGUCACAAACAGCUGCGAAGUGGCAGCCACAGAGGGUCCCCUCUGGGAAAAGUAGCUUCACCCAGCCUCAGGGCCCUGGGCACAGGGAGGGAGCCAGCUAGAGGGGAGGGGCUCCCACAUGCCUCUUCUUUAAGUCAGUAUCCUUUGUUCCUGCUUGUAAUAAAACUUUGGUUCUUAAGAGUUGAUUUGCUUUGGUUUG